GUCUCUCUCACGUGUCUCUCGCUCUUUUUCCGGUCGCUCGCGAGUACUUAUAUCACUAUCCUCGGCCAAGACGGACACCAUUAUGUGGUAGGUGGAUAAACAUGACAUUAAAACCUUUUUGUUGUGGAAAUACAGGUCUCGUCUCAGCGUCUUACUCUGGAUAACUGACUGCGAAGUUUGGCCAGAGAGAAAAGUCGCGCGAACGGACAAGCUAAAGCAGGCUGUUAUUCGACAUAUGAAUACGGAUUUACCUCAGCCGGUAAAUGGUAAACACGAACCGUGUUAUUGUUCGCUAAAGUUUGGAAAUUGUGGUGAACCUGAGAGAAAGGUGUAUGUACUUUUGUGGAUUUAUCAGCUCCUGUGUUUUCCGGCCGGACGCAGGGUCAGCUCACCUCACACAGGAACGUAUUCGUCUACUACACAAGGUUUCUAGAUGCAAUGGAUACCGUGGCUCAGAGCUUGUGGACAUGCACUAUUUCUAGUAGUGCUGGAUGUUACUGUUCAUUGUCAUAACGGAUUUUGACAGCUACACCGGUGUCUGGAACCUAACCUGUGACGUCAUACCUGACAAAAUUCAUGUUUACAAUUUCAACUACUAUUACAACUACUACUAUUACUACUAUUAUUACUCUCUGUUUUGAGGUUCUAAUAUUCAUCAUGGGUGCCCACUUUAUCAAAGUAUUCGCUGGCGUCAGGCAUUUCAGUUCUGUGUCUGGGUUUAGGUAGCCCACAGCCAACACACAAUGAGUCUCCAGACGUCAUCUUUUUCUGAUGGAGCAACUCUGCUAAGUGGAGCUCAAAAAGUGGGGGCAAAACAGCCCCAGAUAUCUCCACAUAAACUCGGGCCGUUCGGCAACACACGUCCUUAAAACAUACAUACAUACACACACGGUGACACUAAAGAGGGAAUGGGCAACACUUCUCAAAAAGAAGGGGAAGACCAAGGAGAGGAUAAAGAAAAAGACAAAGAGAAAGAUAAUGGUGAAGAAGAGGAAGAACCAGAGGAAGAAGCAAAAGAGAAAGAAGAGGAGGUUGUGGAUGAAGAGCUGCCUUUAGGUGUCGACGAGCUGCUGGCGAGUGGAGAUCCGGUGCUGGACCUAAGCAACUACAAAUUCCGACAUCUUCCUAGACAAGUGCUUGGUCUGGCAUAUCUAGAGAAGCUGUACAUGUGUGGAAACAGGCUGCGCACGGUGCCCGAUGGCGUCGCACAGCUGCAUGGUCUGCGCACUCUUGCACUCGACUUUAACAAACUGGAUGACGUCCCACUGGCUGUGUGCCAGCUGGCCAACCUCACCCACUUGUAUCUUGGCAGUAAUCGGCUGAUGGGCCUGCCGCAAGACUUCCGAAAUUUGCAGAGCUUGCGUUGUCUGUGGGUGGAAAGCAACUACUUCCAGCAUUUUCCCAAGCAGCUUUAUGAGCUGCCCAACCUGCGCUCACUGCAGAUAGGCGACAAUAAGCUGCGCACACUGCCGUCAGACCUGUGGCGCAUGGAAGGGCUGCGUGGCCUUUGGCUGUAUGGCAAUCGCUUUCAAGAGUUUCCCCCUGUCUUGCUAAAGAUGGAGCACCUGGAGAUUCUUGAUUUAGACCGUAAUAAUAUUUCACAUAUUCCCAGUCUGGUGCACCUCCCAGCACUUAGACUUUUUUCAUAUGACCACAACCCUGUGAAAGGGCCGCCACGAUUCGGGGAGGACACGUUGAUCGUUGGUGAAGGGGCUGCUGAGGCCUUGGAAGAAAGACAGAGAAAGAAAGAAGAGAAGGAGCAAGAAAUUAGGGAAGCCGAGGAGGCAGCUGCGGCAGCCGCCGAAGCACCUAAACCAGCAAUCCAAGGAAUACUGAAGAAACUCAGAAUAGGAAAAUUACUGGCAGACUCAAUUAAUGCAAAAACAAAUGGGACUGUACCAUUAGCACCUCCUGGUGAGGAGGUUGAGAAAGUACAGUGCAAAGCAGAAAGGGUAGACUCUGAAAUCCACACAAUGGUAUUUGAUGAGGACGAACUUGAAUAUGAGAAGGGUAUAGAUUAUGAAAGACAGCACCUUAUAUAUGAUGAUGGGGGCUACAUUGAUUACAGAAGAGCAGAUUUGGAGUAUGACAGAACUGAAACAUGCUAUGAAUACGAAGGGGAGGAACAUCAAACAGGGCGAACUUGAUGAUUUCCUCUUCCCCUUUAGUAAGUCUUAUGCUCUGGUUUGCACUAUAGCUAUUUAUAGGAAAUAAAAGGAAUGGGAACUAUUUUGGAUAAAUCAACCUCAACCUCAAGGUGUAAUAAGUUUGCUUAAACAAUGCUGCUGUGAAUUUUAAGUUACUUAGACUUUGUUUAUGCCUGGUUGUAUCAUGCACCUGUAUCUGGAUUGUAUCAUGACAAGAGUUCAUCCAUGUGCAUUUUCGCAAAUGUGUCUUUAGUAGUUAUAUUGGAAAUCACAUUGCCCUAUGCAAAUGAGCUUUUUUUUAAAAGCUAAAUGCUGCAAUAAAAUACUUUCAUAGGGGUUUGUUUUUGCUAAUUGACUAAUUCUGAUAU